AUGAAAGACCUGUUCCAAGAAAUCUCGCUGCCGUCCGGCGGCUCCUACAAACAACCACUAGGGCUGUUCAUAAACAAUGAAUGGGUGGAGUCCUCUGGAGACGAAACUAUCGAAUCAAUCGACGCAUCCACAGGUGAGGUGAUCGUCGCGGUCCAGGCCGCAGACGCCAAAAUCGACGUUGACAAAGCCGUUGAAGCGGCUCGCAAGGCGUUCCCCGUGUGGAGAGACACGCCCGCCACGCAGAAACGUGACCUGCUGCUGAAAUUGGCGUUUCUCGUGGAACGCGACGCCGAACAGCUCGCCAAAGUAGAAUCCCUCGAUAGCGGCAAACCACUGGAGGCCAACGCCAAGGGCGACAUCAUGGGCCUUGCCGCGGCACUCAAGUACUACGCCGGCUGGGCCGACAAAGCUCAGGGCCAAUCGUUCAGUCCCAACCCAAAUUUGCUGACAUACACCAUCCACCAGCCUCUGGGCGUUGUUGGGUGCAUCAUCCCCUUCAACUAUCCACUCGCAAUGAUGGCGUGGAAAUGGACCGCCAUAGCAACCGGAAACACUACCGUUUUCAAGAGCGCCGAACAAACCCCGCUCUCAAUUCUAUAUUUUGCCAAUCUCGCCAAAGAGGCCGGUUUCCCACCGGGCGUUUUCAACGUUGUUUCCGGCACAGGCGCAAAAGUCGGCGACGCCAUGGCUAAGCAUUUGGGCAUCGACAAAAUCGCAUUCACCGGCUCCACACCCGUAGGUCAGCUCAUCCAGCAGUCUGCUGCCGUCAACUUGAAACCUGUCACUUUGGAAUGCGGUGGGAAAUCGCCCAACGUGGUGUUUGAAGACACCGAUUUGGAAAAGGCCAUCAGAUGGACCGCAGACGGAAUUUUUAACAACAUGGGUCAGAUAUGCUCGGGAACUUCUCGUUGUUUUGUUCAAGAAUCCAUCUAUGAAAAGUUUGUGGACGCUUUGGCUAAGCAUGUGGAGGAAAAGUUUAUUGUUGGUCCACCCACAGACCCUAACGUGAAAGUUGGUCCUCAAAUCUCCAAAAAACAACAGGAACGCAUCCAAUACUAUAUCCAAAAGGGUAUUGACGAAGGCUGCCGUGUGGCACUUGGGGGUCCUGGAUUGCCCGAUGUAAUUGCCCAAUCCGACAAAUACAAGAGCGGAUUUUAUGUCAAGCCUACCAUUUUGGCGGAUAUCACUCCAGACCACACUGUAGCUCGCGAAGAAAUUUUCGGGCCCGUAAUAGUGGUGGGUAAGUUCUCCACUUACGAAGAAGCUCUUCUUAUUGCUAACGAUUCCAGCUACGGUUUGGGGUCUGCUGUCUUCACUCGCGAUAUCACCAAAGCCCACAAAUUUGCCUCCCAGGUGGAGGCAGGUAUUUGCUACAUUAACUCGUCAAACAUUGUGGACUUUGCCUUGCCUUUUGGCGGUGUGAAAAUGAGCGGUCACGGUCGUGAGCUAGGAGAAUAUGGACUCUCAAACUUCACAAAUGUGAAGGCCGUUUACGUGAACUUGGGUGACUAA